AACCCACCCCCCCCCCCCCUUUCUUCUCUUAAGAACAAGUCGUCACCAACUGCCCGCCACGUCGACAACCUCUUGUCAUCGGAUGAACUUUGCGCGCACUUCGGCAGCACCUCCUCUCUUUACAGUUGUGUCCUUCAUCAAUACCUGGUUUUAGCGUGGACUUCGAAUCUACACGACAAGUGCGCUGUUACUGAGUGAUCGGUCAUCCCCGUCUGCGUUGGGCCAACAUCGCCCGAUCCUGCGAAGUGCCGCCUGGCGGCAUCGAGAGGCCACGAUGAAAUGCUUAGGAAGAGGGUGGAGAGUCCUCACAGCUGGCCUGCUCUCUAUCCUCGUUGGCUCGGCUCUCGCUGAUCCCGAUUUGACAACAAAGCACGAGAAGGGAAGGUGCGCGAUACGGGGUCAUUGCGGGAAGCAGGGCUUCUUCGGGUCGGACCUGCCAUGUCCGGAUAAUGGGCUAGCAGAGAAACCAGAUAAGGAAACGAAGAAGAAAUUAGUCGAUAUAUGCGGCAAUAAGUGGUCCGAUUCGGAUGUGUGCUGCAACGAAGAGCAGAUUGAUGCUCUCCAGUCAAACCUCAACAAGGCAACGCCUAUUAUUAACGCUUGUCCGGCUUGCAAAGAGAAUUUCUACAAUCUAUUCUGCACAUUUACUUGCUCUCCCGAUCAAUCGCUAUUCAUCAACGUCACGGCAACGGUGCCAAAGGGAACCAAAGAUCUCGUCACCGAGGUGGAUCAUCUCGUGUCCAACGAAUAUGGCUCUGAGUUCUACAGUAGCUGCAAGGAUGUCAAGUUUGGAGCCACAAAUGGGAAUGCCAUGGAUUUCAUAGGUGGUGGUGCGAAGAACUUCACGCAGUUUUUGAAGUUUCUUGGAGACAAGAAGCUGUUGGGAAGCCCAUUCCAGAUGAACUUUCCCCGACCAAAUCGGACUGAAUUCCCUGAUAUGGUUCCAAUGAACAAGACUGUCUACCCCUGCAACACCACCGAGGAGAAGUAUCGAUGCGCGUGUUUAGACUGUGGAGGAUCUUGCGCCAAGCCUUUGGACGUCCCCGAGGCCAAACAGUGCUAUGUUGGACUAUUACCAUGUCUAUCCUUCGCCGUAAUCAUCGUAUAUUCCGUCUUUCUUGGGCUGCUAUGCGUUGCGGUAGCUGGACAUGUAGCGUACCAGAGACACUCAAAGCACAAGAAUGAACGACUACGGCUUCUACAGGAUAUAGAACCGAGUGACGAUGAGGAUGAAGGCGAUAUCGUUCACAACGUCGGUAUGUUGGAUCGGCCAACCAAACACUACUUUGUCAACACCUGGUGCGACCGAUCUUUUAGCCGGCUAGGAUAUGUCUGUGCUAGAUUCCCGAUUAUCACCAUCAUGACUAGCAUUCUGAUUGUCGUGUUGAUGAGCCUGGGCUGGAUACGAUUCCAGGUCGAGCGGGACCCUGUUCGGUUGUGGGUGGCUCCUGACUCAGCCGCUGCGCAAGAAAAGACUUUCUUUGACGAGAAGUUUGGCCCAUUCUUCCGCGCCGAACAAGUUUUUCUUGUCAAUGACACGGGGAAGGAGCCCGGCCCAGUCCUUAGCUACGAUACCCUGAGGUGGUGGUUCGAUGUCGAAAGCGUUGUACAGCGCCUCAAGUCUCUCGAUGGCGGAGUGACUUUGGAUGAUGUCUGCUUCAAACCCGUUGGAGAUGCUUGCGUUGUUCAAUCUGUGUCCGGAUACUUCGAAGGAGACUUUAGCCGUGUCGAUCCCCACGGCUGGAAAGAUGAUCUUGUAGAUUGUGUCGAUAACCCUUCUUCAUGUCUGCCAACUUUCCAGCAACCGCUGGAUCCGAGUCUUCUCUUUGGCGGUGUAAACAAGAGCGUCCUCGACGCUGAAGCCCUCAUCAUUACAUGGGUCGUCAACAACCACCCGGAGGGCACACCGGAGUUUGGGCGCGCUAUGGCCUGGGAAGAAAGCUUGAAGAAUUACUUACUUGUCGUGCAAGACGAGGCCCAAGAACGCGGGCUGAGAUUGAGUUUCAACACAGAAGAAAGCCUUGAGCAGGAGUUGAAUAAGAGCACCAACACCGACGCAAAAAUUGUCGUGGUGAGCUACGUGAUCAUGUUCCUUUACGCAUCGCUCUCGCUCGGCUCUACCACCCUCACAACUCGGUCGAUUCUUCGUAACCCGGCGAAUGCGCUCGUACAGUCGAAAUUCAUGCUCGGCGUAGCCGGUAUUCUGAUCGUGCUCAUGUCCGUCUCUGCUUCUGUUGGGCUCUUCUCGGCUGCCGGCGUCAAAGUCACUCUCAUCAUUGCCGAAGUCAUUCCGUUCCUGGUGUUGGCUGUCGGCGUCGACAAUAUCUUCCUCAUUGUCCAUGAGUUCGAGCGAGUCAAUAUCAGUCACCCCGAAGGUUCCAUUCCAGAGCGUGUCGCUCGAGCGCUUGGGCGCAUGGGUCCAUCAAUCCUUCUCUCCGCCACCACUGAAACCGUAGCUUUUGCUCUGGGAUGCGCCGUCGGUAUGCCUGCGGUCCGGAACUUUGCUGCAUAUGCCGCCGGAGCUGUCUUCAUCAACGCUAUCCUCCAAGUCACGAUGUUCGUUGCUGUUCUCGCUCUCAAUCAAUACCGUGUUGAGAACAACCGAGCAGACUGUUUCCCAUGCGUUAGAGUUCGACGAGCGGAUUCAAGCUACCUGAACGGCGGCAUGGGCCACGGUGCUGGUGAAGAGGGUGGAUUGCAGCGGUUCAUCCGCAAGACGUACGCCCCAGCUAUACUGGGUAAGAAAGCCAAGGUCGGCAUUAUUGCAGUCUUCUUUGGAAUCUUCACUGCUGGCCUUGCACUGUUCCCGAAGGUUGAGCUUGGUCUGGAUCAAAGGGUUGCAAUACCCAGUGACUCGUAUCUAAUUCCGUACUUUAACGAUCUUUACGAUUACUUCGAUGCUGGACCUCCAGUGUAUUUCGUCACCAAGGAGCUGAACGUCACCCGAAGAGAAGCGCAGCAAGAACUAUGUGGACGUUUCGCAACAUGCCGUCAGGAUUCUCUAGCGAACAUUGUCGAGAUGGAACGGAAGCGACCUGAGAUAUCAUACAUCGCAACUUCCGCAGCAAAUUGGCUUGAUGACUUCUUCUACUGGCUCAACCCAGAAAACACCAAAUGCUGCGUAGAUGAGCACGGUGCGCCAUGUUUUGCAAACCGCGAUCCACCGUGGAACUUCACACUCUCCGGCAUGCCCGAAGGCCAAGAAUUCUUCCAAUAUCUAACUCGAUGGAUUGAAGCGCCAACGACAGAAGACUGUCCUUUAGGCGGCGCCGCCGCAUAUUCUAACGCCAUCGUCCUCGACGAAACACAUCUCACAAUCCCAGCAUCUCAUUUCCGAACCUCCCACACCCCGCUCCGCUCCCAGAAAGACUUUAUCUCCGCCUACAAAGCCGCUCGUCGCAUCGCCAACGAGAUAUCUAAAGAUGUUGGAACGGAAGUCUUCCCGUACUCCAAAUUCUACGUCUUCUUCGAUCAAUACACAACUAUUGUGCGUCUUGCAGCUGCGCUCAUCGGCUCCGCCCUUGCUGCCACGCUCGUCGUAACAACAAUCCUUCUCGGCUCGCUACAAACAGCGCUCGUCGUGACCCUCGUUGUCGCUAUGACAGUUUCCGCAAUCAUCGGUUCCAUGGCGAUACUCGGUGUCUCACUCAAUGCUCUCACGCUUGUUAAUUUGAUUAUCUGCGUGGGUAUUAGUGUGGAAUUUACGGCCCAUAUAGCACGUGCAUAUACUUUUCCGAGCAGGGUGACGAUGGAAAAGGCGCCGAGACAAAGGUUUCGCGGUAGGGAUGCGAGGAGUUGGGCGAGUAUGGUGAAUGUGGCGGCGAGUGUAGUCAGUGGGAUUAUGGUUACGAAGGUACUUGGGGUGGGUGUGUUGGCGUUUACGAGGAGUAAGAUAUUCGAAAUAUACUACUUCCGCGUCUGGCUCUCGCUCGUCAUCUGGGCGUCCACGCACUCCCUGAUCUUGCUCCCGGUCCUGCUCAGCCUUGUAGGUGGGAGAGGGUAUGUGGAUCCGGAGAGUGAGGGUGGGUUGGAGCAGGAUCUGAGGAGUAGGCAGUAUCCAGCACUGUUGGGUGGGGAUGAUGAGGAGGAGUAUGAUAGUGAUGAUUAGUAGGGGUUUGUUGGAGAAAGGGGGAGAGGGAUUGGGACUGUAUUAGUAUAAGUAUAGCAACUCGGCAU